AUGACGCGUGACACCUUUGAGAACAUUGUCCGCAUCCUCAGACCCCGUCUGGAGCGUCAAACUACGUCCUUCCGAAAACCAGUGCCAGUUGAAAAAAGGGUUGCGGUGGCAAUCUGGUGCCUUGCCACAGGCAGCUGUUACAGGCAGGCAAAAGACCAGUUCGGCAUCGGCCUUGCCACCGUGUGUUCCGCGGUUUUAGAGGUCUGCUAUGCAUUGGAGACAGAGCUUCUAUCGAAGACCAUAUGCUUGGGUGGCGAAGUGGGAACGGUUAUGGACGGAUUUGCAGCACUGGGUUUCCCACAUUGCAUUGGAGCAAUAGACGGGACACAUAUUCCAAUAUGUGCUCCUGGCGGAAGCCCGGAGCAGUAUGGAAACAGAAAGAAAUUUUCAUCAAUACUCCUUCAAGGGACUGUGGACCAUCGCGGGCGAUUCAUAGACGUCGAAAUCGGGUGGAGCGGAAAGAAUCACGACGCCUUUGUGUUCAGGAACUCAGCAAUUUGUGCCGCCAUGGAUGCAGGAACAUUCAUUCCUGGAAAUCCCAGUCUUCAGUUGGGAGAUGUCACUGUCCCCCCUCUAAUUAUUUCUGAUGGAGCUUAUCCUCUUCGACGUUGGCUCAUGAAGCCAUAUGGAAACCACGGAGAAACAGAUGCCCACAGACAUUUCGACAGAUCACUUUCCCGCUCUAGGAAUGUGGUGGAGAGAUGUUUUGGCCGUUUAAAAUCAAGAUGGAGGUGUUUGGCCAGCCGCCUCAAUUGCAGAGAGGAGAACGUGGUGGCGGUGGUGACGGCCUGCGCCAUCCUGCAUAACAUCUGUGAGGAGCGUGGACACAAUUCUGUUAGUUGCCUGGGUGAUCCCAAUCCGGUAUUGGUUCCACAGGAAGAGGAUGCAGAUUUGGAACCGGACAGAGGCCACUUAGAGGAGGGGAAAGUCGUGCGAGAGGCUCUGUCCACAUUCAUGUUUACUGACUUUCGACGUUGA